AUGGGGUCUCCAUUGGUUCAAAGAUUGUGUGCUUCCGUUGAUUCUAUUCGAUUUCUCUUAAUACAACGUCUUACCUUCCGUGGUCAUGAUGAGUAUGAGAAUUCAAGCAACCAAAGAAACUUUCUUAGGCUUUUACAAUUCCUUGUUGAUCACAAUGAACGGUUUCAAGCUGUAACACUGAAAUAUGCUCCUGAUAACCUCAAGUUGAUAUCACCAAAGAUUCAAAAAGACAUUGUAAAUGCUGCUGCAGUUGAAACAACUAAUGUUAUUAUAAGUGAUAUUGGUUAUUCCUUGUUUUCUAUUCUUGUUGAUGAAUAUCGUGAUGUAUCUGUUAAGGAGCAAAUGGUUGUUAUGUUUCGUCAUGUUGAUAACAAAGGGUAUGUGAUUGAAUGUUUCAUGGGUAUUGAACAUGUGGCUAGUACAACAGCUCUCUCAUUGAAGACAUCAAUUGAUGCGUUAUUUGCUAGACAUCAUUUUCUCAUAUCUCGAUUAUGUGGUCUAGGUUAUGAUGGGGCAAGUAAUAUGAAUGGAGAGUUCAAUGGUUUGAAAACACUUAUUAUGAAAGAUAGUCCACGUGCUUUUUAUGUUCACUACUUUGCUCAUCAACUUCAAUUGGCUCUUGUAUCUUUGGCAAAAGACCAUAGCAUAAUAGGUGCUUUCGUCACCUUAGUUUCCAAUGUGCUAAAUAUUGUUGGGGCAUCAUUAAAGCGUCGUGACAUUCUUCGAGAAAAACAAGCCCUCAAAGUUAUUGAAGCACUUAGCAAUGGUGAGCUCUCAAGCAGGCAACGCUUAAAUCAAGAACUUGGAGUUAGACGUCCAUGUGAUACCUCACACUAUGGUACUUUGCUUAACUUUGUUGCCAUGUUUUCAUCUAUAAUUGAUGUAUUGGAGGAAAUUUCAUAUGAUAGAGUGGGCAUUGAUCCGAAACAUGUAGCAUUUAUUUUGUUAGGAUUGCUGCAAUCAUUUGAUUUUGUGUUCAGUUUGCACUUGAUGAUGAUUAUACUUGGAAUUAAAAAUGAGUUGUUGCAAGCCUUACAAAGGGAUGAUCAAGAUAUUAUAAAUGCCAUGGAUUUAGUUGAAAUAUGCAAGCGAAACCUGUAG